AUGAAGUCAGCCAGUCAGCUGGCCCACAAAGCCAUGAAGCCAGCCAGUCAGCUGGCCCACAAAGCCAUGCUGCCAGCCAGUCAGCUGGCCCACAAAGCCAUGAAGCCAGCCAGUCAGCUGGUCCUCAAAGCCAUGAAGCCAGCCAGUCAGCUGGUCCUCAAAGCCAUGAAGCCAGCCAGUCAGCUGGACCACAAAGCCAUAAAGUCAGCCAGUCAGCUGGUCCUCAAAGCCAUGAAGCCAGCCAGUCAGCUGGUCCACAAAGCCAUAAAGCCAGCCAGUCAGCUGGUCCUCAAAGCCAUGAAGCCAGCCAGUCAGCUGGACCACAAAGCCAUAAAGCCAGCCAGUCAGCUGGUCCUCAAAGCCAUGAAGCCAGCCAGUCAGCUGGUCCACAAAGCUAUAAAGCCAGCCAGUCAGCUGGUCCUCAAAGCCAUGAAGCCAGCCAGUCAGCUGGCCAACAAAGCCAUGUGGACCAGCGUACCGUGA